AUGGUGGACCCUGUGGGGUUUGUGGAGGCUUGGAAAGCACAAUUUGCAGACUCUGAGCCUCCUAAAAUGGAGCUGAAAUCUGUGGGAGACAUUGAACAGGAGCUGGAGAUGUGCAAAGCAUCUAUUCGGAGACUGGAGAUGGAGGUCAACAAGGAGAGGUUCCGCAUGAUUUACCUGCAGACUCUUCUGGCAAAGGAGAAAAAAAGCUAUGACAGACAGCGAUGGGGUUUUAAACGUGUUUCUCAGUUGCCUGAAGGGGGUGCAGAGCAGCAGAUCCCAGACCUGCAUCAUCACCAGUCUGCUGACCAAGAUGAAUAUGAAAAAAACAAGUUGCACCACGGGGAGGAAAAGUUCAAACCCAGGAUACCCCCUCUGCGGAAGCUGUCUACCCAGAGCGAUGCGUCAGACCUGUCGCCUUUGGACAGCCCCCAUCACGGAGAGGGAGAGCAGGACAGGUGUAAGCACUAUGGUGAAGAGAAACUGAAGAGAGUUGCAGAAGAUAUGGAGAAUCGCUGUGAUACAGAUGGCUCUCCUUCAAAGCACCGGUCGGCUUCCACUCGCAGACUAGUGGGAUCUGCUGAGAAGGAGGGAUUGUUUGAACCUGUUUCUAAGGAGAGAGGGAACAGCACCAGUGUGGCAGCCCUAAGGUCCAAUUUUGAGAGGAUUAAAAAGGUUAAUUCACAUUCUUCUGGAGAUAACAAGGAUGUUGUUGAAAAGCCCUUUUAUGUGAACAUGGAGUAUCAUCAUGAAAAGGGUCUAGUGAAGGUCAACGAUAAAGAUGUUUCUGAUAAAAUAAGCUCCCUUGGUAGCCAAGCCAUGCAAAUGGAACGCAAAAAGUCUUUGCACUCCCUCCCUUCUAACAUGGUACCCAGCUUCAGCGAGUUCCAGAGGCCUGCUUACAGGGGAAGGUCCUCGGAGAGCAGCUUUGGCUAUGAUGGAGAAUAUGAGGAUGCUGAACUGAACCCCAGGUUUCUCAAAGAUAACCUGAUCAAUGCCAAUGGCAGCAACCGCUCACCUUGGCAGCCCAUGGACUUUCAGCCCUAUCAAAGUAUCUAUGUUGGUGGCAUGAUGGGAGAAGGAGAAGGGAAAGGACCUAUUCUGCGAAAUCAGGGCAUGACUGACCAGGAAAAACAUCUCACGUGGCCCAGGAGGUCUUAUUCCCCCAGGAGUUUUGAAGAUAUUGGAGGAGGAUACACUCCUGAUUGUAGCUCUAAUGAGAACCUUACCUCCAGUGAGGAAGACUUCUCUUCAGGGCAGUCCAGCCAUGUGUCCCCCAGCCCUACUACUUACCGCAUGUAUCGGGAUAAAAGCCGUUCUCCUUCCCAGAACUCUCAGCAGUCCUUUGACAGCAGCAGUCCACCAACUCCCCAGUCUCAAAAACGGCACAGGCAGCAGCAGGUCAUCGUGUCUGAGGCUACUAUUGUGGGUGUACGAAAAACAGGACAGAUCUGGCCAAGUGAUGGAGAGUUGCCUUCUGGGAGAUGUCACCAGGACAGCUGCUUCCAUGGGGAUACAGAUGCUUCAUUCAGUGGCACACCACCUAGCUAUGCGUAUGAUGCAGACCGUGCUGAAGAACAGAGGCGACAUCAUGAUAUGAUGCCCUAUAUUGAUGACUCGCCAUCAUCCUCACCCCAUCUCAGCUCCAAGAGUCGGGGCAGCCGAGACACCCUAUCUUCAGGGUCUCUGGAAUCUACAAAAUCAAGUGAGCCAGACCUGGAGAAGGGCCUGGAGAUGAGAAAAUGGGUCCUGUCGGGAAUCCUAGCCAGCGAGGAAACCUACCUGAGCCACCUGGAGGCUUUGCUGCUGCCUAUGAAGCCUUUGAAAGCGGCUGCCACCACCUCUCAGCCUGUGCUGACUAGUCAGCAGAUUGAGACAAUAUUCUUCAAAGUGCCUGAGCUGUAUGAGAUCCACAAAGAAUUCUAUGAUGGGCUCUUUCCCCGAGUGCAGCAGUGGAGCCACCAGCAACGUGUAGGGGACCUCUUCCAAAAGCUGGCCAGCCAGCUGGGAGUGUACCGGGCCUUUGUGGAUAACUAUGAAGUUGCUAUGGAGACAGCAGAGAAAUGCUGCCAAGCCAAUGCUCAGUUUGCUGAAAUCUCUGAGAAUCUAAAGGCUAGAAGCACAAAGGAAUCUAAAGAUCAGACGACAAAAAAUUCCCUGGAAACUCUACUGUACAAGCCAGUGGAUAGAGUGACCCGCAGCACACUUGUCCUGCAUGAUUUGCUCAAGCACACUCCAGUGAGCCACCCUGAUCAUCCACUCCUGCAGGAUGCUCUGCGGAUCUCACAGAACUUCCUCUCCAGCAUCAAUGAGGAGAUCACUCCUCGUCGGCAGUCCAUGACUGUGAAGAAGGGGGAGCACCGGCAACUCCUGAAGGACAGUUUCAUGGUGGAGCUGGUUGAGGGGGCUCGCAAACUACGUCACGUCUUUCUUUUUACUGAUCUGUUCCUGUGUGCCAAGCUCAAGAAGCAGAUUGGAGGAAAAAGCCAGCAAUAUGACUGCAAAUGGUACAUCCCACUCACUGACCUCAGUUUCCAAAUGGUGGAUGAGUCUGAGGCAGUGCCCAAUAUCCCACUGGUACCUGAUGAGGAACUGGAUGCCAUGAAGAUCAAGAUAUCCCAGAUCAAGAAUGACAUCCAGCGUGAAAAGAGGGCCAAUAAGGGCAGCAAGGUCAUUGAGAGGUUGAAAAAGAAGCUCUCGGAGCAGGAAUCCCUCCUACUGCUGAUGUCUCCCAACAUGGCUUUCCGGGUACACAAUCGCAAUGGCAAGAGUUACACGUUUCUCAUUUCUUCAGACUAUGAAAGGGCAGAGUGGAGGGAGAACAUCCGGGAGCAGCAGAAGAAAUGCUUUAAAAGCUUCUCACUCACAUCGGUGGAGCUCCAGAUGCUGACAAACUCCUGUGUGAAGCUUCAGACAGUCCACAACAUUCCCCUCACUAUCAAUAAGGAAGAUGAUGAAUCCCCAGGCCUCUAUGGAUUCCUGAAUGUCAUUGUCCACUCUGCCACAGGAUUCAAGCAAAGUUCAAAUUUGUACUGCACAUUGGAGGUGGAUUCUUUUGGGUAUUUUGUGAACAAGGCUAAAACUAGAGUUUACAGAGACACCAUGGAGCCCAACUGGAAUGAGGAGUUCGAGAUUGAGCUGGAAGGCUCACAAACUCUGCGGAUUCUGUGCUAUGAGAAGUGCUACAACAAAACCAAGCUCACCAAAGAGGAUGGAGAGAGCACAGAUCGCAUAAUGGGGAAAGGACAGAUCCAGCUGGACCCACAGGCGCUGCAGGACAAAGAUUGGCAACGCACAGUCAUCUCGAUGAAUGGAGUUGAAGUGAAGCUGUCAGUGAAGUUUACCAGUCGGGAGUUUAGCCUGAAAAGGAUGCCGUCCCGGAAGCAGACUGGGGUUUUUGGGGUCAAGAUCGCUAUUGUCACCAAGAGAGAGAGAUCGAAGGUGCCUUACAUAGUGCGCCAGUGUGUGGAGGAGAUAGAGCGGCGUGGAAUGGAGGAGGUGGGCAUCUACCGUGUCUCUGGGGUUGCAACCGACAUCCAAGCUCUGAAAGCUGCCUUUGAUGUCAAUAACAAAGACGUGUCAGUGAUGAUGAGCGAGAUGGAUGUCAAUGCCAUCGCAGGCACCUUGAAACUCUACUUCCGGGAACUGCCUGAACCCCUCUUUACAGAUGAACUGUACCCCAACUUUGCCGAGGGCAUUGCACUUUCAGACCCUGUUGCAAAGGAAAGCUGUAUGUUGAAUCUAUUGUUAUCGCUUCCAGAACCCAAUCUUGUGACAUUCCUUUUCCUUUUGGACCAUUUAAAAAGGGUUGCUGAGAGAGAAAGCAUUAACAAGAUGUCCCUGCAUAAUCUUGCGACUGUCUUUGGACCAACGCUGCUCAGACCUUCAGAGAAGGACAGUAAAAUUCCUGCUAACCCAACCCAGCCUAUCACGAUGACUGACAGUUGGUCACUGGAAGUCAUGUCCCAGGUUCAAGUUCUCCUGUACUUUCUGCAGCUAGAGACUAUCCCUACUCCAGACAGCAAGAGGCAAAGCAUUCUCUUUUCCACAGAGGUGUAG